AGGAGGAGGAGGAAAGGGAAGGCUAGAGGUAGAUCGAUCGGGACCGGCCGCGAGCGAUUGCUACGCUUCGCAGGCGUGCUUGCCUGCCAUUUCCUCCUCGCCAGUUUCUUCUCCCCUCCUGCACUAGUCCUGCUUCCCACCACCCCCGUCUCCUCCCCUAUAACUGAGCUCGCCGUCGGCACGCCGCCUCUCCGUCAUCUCCUCUGAACUGCGGGGUGACGCGUCCGUUUCUUCCCCGGCCAUUCCAGCAAACGCCCCUGCCGGUGGACGGGUGCGGCCACGGACUAGGCAGCAGAGAGGAACCCACCUCGCGGCCGGCCGCGGCGGCAUCGGCGGCGGACUGGGGAGUGGCGUCACAGGAGAAUACGCGGAACUCUUCCACGGCGGCCGCGGAGAUGCACGAGGCCAUAGCAACUGUGCCGCAUCCUGAUCCGCUCUGAGCAUUGCUUCAUCCGCCAAGCGAAAAACACAGCAUGGGCCCUGGGACGGCGUCGGCGUCCUGGGGUUUGCGUCUCGGCGUGGUGCUGCUCCUCCUGCUGGCCACCCCCUCCCACGCCCUGACGCACGAGGGCUGGCUUCUCCUGGCGCUCAAGAGCCAGAUGGUCGACACCUUCCACCACCUCGCCAACUGGAACCACGGCGACCCAUCGCCAUGCGCGUGGAAGGGCGUGGACUGCUCGUCGACGCCCACGCCAUCGGUGGUCUCCCUCAACCUCAGCAACAUGAACCUCUCCGGCACCGUCGGGCCGGCCGUCGGCGGCCUAACCGAGCUCACCACCCUCGACCUGUCCUUCAACGCGUUCUCCGGCACCAUCCCCGCGGAGAUCAGCAACUGCUCGAAGCUCACCGUGCUCAACCUGAACAACAACGACUUCGAAGCCACCAUCCCCGCCGAGCUCGGGAAGCUGUCAAUGCUGACGGCUUGCAACCUGUGCAACAACAAGCUCCACGGUGCGAUACCCGACGAGAUCGGCGACAUGGCGUCGCUGAGGGACCUGGUAGGGUACAGCAACAACCUCUCCGGCUCCAUACCGCGGUCCAUCGGCCGGCUCACGAACCUCAGGACGAUCCGGCUGGGGCAGAACCUCAUAUCUGGCAGCAUUCCUGCCGAGAUAGGCGAAUGCCGCAACCUGACCGUCUUCGGUCUCGCGCAGAACAAGCUUGAAGGGCCUCUGCCCAAGGAGAUUGGGCAACUGAGCCUCAUGACCGACCUUGUCCUGUGGGGAAACCAGCUUUCCGGCGCCAUUCCUCCGGAGAUCGGGAACUGCACGAGUCUCACGGUGAUCGCCCUGUAUGAUAAUGAUCUGGUUGGUCCUGUGCCUGCGACCAUUGGGAACCUCAAGUAUCUUCAGAGGCUGUACCUGUACAGGAACUCGUUGAAUGGCACCAUUCCAUCUGAGAUCGGCAAGCUUUCUCUUGCGGAGGAGAUUGAUUUUUCGGAGAAUUUCUUGACUGGAGGUAUACCGAAGGAGUUAGGCAACAUACCAGGGCUGUUUCUGCUGUACCUCUUCCAGAACCAGCUUACUGGCUUUAUUCCAACGGAGCUGUCUGGAUUGAAGAACUUGAGCAAACUUGAUCUGUCGAUCAAUUCGCUCACUGGCCCGAUCCCAGCGGGAUUUCAGUACAUGCCUAAGCUAUACCAGCUGCAGCUCUUCAACAAUAUGCUGUCAGGCGACAUACCUCCACGGUUUGGCAUCUACAGCCGGCUCUGGGUGGUGGAUUUCUCGAACAACAACAUUACAGGGCAGAUACCUCGAGAUCUUUGCAGGCAGUCAAAUCUUAUUUUGUUGAAUCUGGGGUCUAAUAAGCUGUCUGGCAACAUACCUCAUCAGAUCACCAGCUGUAAAUCCUUGGUGCAGCUUCGCCUCAGCGACAACAGUCUGACAGGAAGCUUCUCCACUGAUCUGUGCAGUCUGGCGAAUUUGACGACAAUUGAGCUGGCUCGAAACAAGUUUAAUGGCCCUAUUCCUCCUCAGAUAGGCAACUGCAGAGCUCUGCAACGGCUCGACCUUGCAAAUAAUUAUUUCACAUCUGAGCUGCCCCGAGAAAUAGGCAAAUUGUCCAAGCUUGUUGUCUUCAAUAUCUCAUCCAAUAGACUGGGAGGAAGCAUACCGCUGGAGAUCUUCAACUGUACAACGUUGCAACGUCUUGACCUCAGCCAGAACACCUUCGAAGGUUCAUUACCGAAUGAAGUUGGCAGACUGCCUCAGCUGGAGCUUCUCUCGUUCGCUGACAAUAAAUUAUCUGGUCAGAUACCACCUAUUCUUAGUAAACUGUCACAUUUGACAGCACUGCAGAUUGGUGGCAAUCAAUUCUCUGGUGGAAUACCCAAGGAGCUGGGUCUGCUCUCAAGCUUGCAGAUUGCCAUGAAUUUGAGCUACAAUAAUCUCUCUGGCAAUAUACCAUCAGAGCUUGGCAGCCUUGCAUUACUGGAAAAUUUGUUCCUCAAUAAUAAUAAGCUGACAGGUGAAAUCCCGGAUACAUUUGUAAAUCUGUCAAGUUUGCUUGAGCUCAAUGUUUCCUACAAUAAUCUCACUGGUCCUCUCCCUCCCGUGCCACUUUUUGACAACAUGGUUGUGACUAGCUUUAUUGGAAACAAGGGACUCUGUGGUGGACAGCUUGGCAAGUGUGGAUCUGAAUCAUCCUCUUCUUCCCCUUCAUCCAACUCAGUCAGUCGCCCUAUGGGCAAGAUCAUAGCAAUUGUUGCCGCCAUUAUUGGAGGAAUCUCACUUGUUCUUAUCGCCAUACUUCUGCACCACAUGAGAAAACCACUAGACACAGUAGCUCCUUUGCAAGACAAGCAAAUUCUUUCUGCUGGGUCUAACAUUCCUGUUUCGGCGAAGGAUGCUUAUACAUUUCAGGAAUUGGUCUCUGCUACAAAUAAUUUUGAUGAUAGUUGUGUGAUUGGGCGUGGUGCUUGUGGAACUGUGUACAAAGCGGUCCUGAAGCCUGGACAGAUAAUUGCGGUCAAGAAGUUGGCUUCUAACAGGGAAGGAAGCAACACAGACAACAGCUUCCGUGCAGAGAUUCUAACCCUUGGAAAGAUACGUCAUCGUAACAUUGUGAAGCUAUACGGUUUCAUCUAUCACCAGGGCGCAAACCUUCUGUUGUAUGAGUACAUGCCAAGAGGCAGCCUUGGAGAGCUACUUCAUGGACCAUCUUCCUCUUCGCUUGACUGGGAGACACGCUUCAUGAUAGCCCUUGGAGCAGCUGAAGGUCUUUCAUACUUGCAUCAUGAUUGCAAGCCUCGGAUCAUCCAUCGUGAUAUCAAGUCGAAUAACAUUUUGCUGGAUGAGAACUUUGAAGCUCAUGUUGGUGACUUCGGGUUGGCCAAGGUGAUUGACAUGCCAUACUCAAAGUCGAUGUCUGCGAUUGCUGGUUCAUAUGGCUAUAUUGCACCAGAAUAUGCAUACACCAUGAAGGUCACCGAGAAGUGUGACAUAUACAGUUAUGGGGUUGUGCUGUUGGAGCUGCUAACUGGUCGAGCACCUGUGCAACCAAUAGAAUUGGGAGGUGACCUGGUAACAUGGGCAAAGAAUUACAUCAGGGACAAUUCUCUGGGUCCAGGGAUCCUUGAUAGCAAUCUGGAUUUGGAAGAUAAGGCCGCAGUCGAUCACAUGAUCGAGGUCUUGAAAAUCGCUUUGCUGUGCAGUAACCUGUCGCCGUAUGAGAGACCGCCGAUGCGGCAUGUUGUAGUUAUGCUAAGCGAGUCUAAAGAUAGGGCCCGGGUGAGCUCUGCAUCCUCCUCGCCUGCUUCUGAUCGUUCUUCAAAGAAGGAUAGCUCACCUCCAGGCCAGGAGCUUUCUUUUGUCUUCCAAGCAGCGUCGGAAAAGAUUUUUGUUCCUGGGAUGAGCACGUCCAAUCUGAAUUUUGUUCCCAAAUCUUCAAGGGCGGUGGGUGAAAUUUCAGUGCAGCGGCAGUAUCACUUGGCACAGUCAGCCAACGCCACCGAACAACACCAUCCCCGUCAAGCUAUCGCCAUGGCGUCAGAGGAAGCAGAGAGCCUGCACGUCGUCCUCUUCCCCUUCCUCGCGCGCGGCCACAUCCCCGCCUUCCUCCGCCUCGCCGCCCUCCUCCACGAGCUCCGCCCGGGCAUCACCGUCACACUCGUCUCCACCGCGCGCCUCCUCCCCUCCAUCACCCUCCCGGCCACCACGCCUCCCAUCCGCCUCCACGCGCUGCCCUUCGCGCCCGCCGACCACGGCCUGCCCCCCGGCGCCGAGUCCCUCGCCGACCUCCACGUCCACCAGUUCAUCGCCUUCUUCCAGGCGUCCGAGUCCCUCCGCCCCGCCUUCCAAGGGUUCGUCUCCGGCAUCCGGUCCCCUGCCUGCAUCAUCGCCGACGCCUUCUUCGCGUGGACGGCCGACGUCGCCCGCGCGCGCGGCGCCUUCCACGCCGUCUUCCUCCCCGGCGGCGCCUUCGGCAACGCCGUCUUCUUCUCGGUGUGGGAGCACCUCCCGCAUACCCUCGCCACCGCCGCCGCCUACGACGAGUUCCCUCUGCCGGACUUCCCGAGCGUCGUCCUCCACCGCACGCAGAUCCCGCGGUACAUGCUCGCGGCGACCGGGGCAGAUCCAUGGACAGCCUUCUUCCGGCGGGUCAUCCAGUCCUGCCGCAAGACCGAUGCGGUCCUGGUCAACACAGUCCAAGAACUCGAGUCCUCCGGGCUGGACAUGCUCAGGAGAAGCUUCGGCGUCCAACCAUGGCCGAUUGGGCCGAUUCUCGCGCCGCCGAGUUUGUCAGACUCGCAGGACGAUGCAGGUAUCAUCCGGUGGCUGGACGCGCAUCUGCCGCGCUCGGUCCUGUACAUAUCCUUCGGGUCGCAGAACAGCAUCAGCGCCGAUCAGAUGGCAGAACUGGCGCUGGGGCUGGAGGCCUGCGGGCGGCCGUUCCUCUGGGUCCUCCGGCCUCCGGUGGGGAGCGACGCGACGGACGGCUUCAAGCCCGAGUGGCUCCCGGCCGGCUUCGAGGAGCGGACGGCGAAGGCAAACAUGGGAUUGCUGGUGCGCGGAUGGGCGCCGCAGGUGCGGAUCCUGGCGCACCCGUCCACCGGCGCGUUCAUGAGCCACUGCGGGUGGAACUCCAUCCUCGAGAGCCUCUGCCACGGCGUGCCGCUGAUCGGGUGGCCGCUGGGGGCCGAGCAGUUCUUCAACGCGAUGCUGGUGGCGGAGUGGGGCGUCUGCGUGGAGGUAGCGCGUGGGAACUUGGAGAGCUCGGCCGUGGCGAGUGGGGCGGUGGCCGAGACAGUGGGGACGGUGAUGGGGGAGACGGCGAAGGGUGAUGAGAUGAGGAGGAAUGCGGCGGUGAUCGCGCGCGCGAUGGCGGCGGCUUGGGAGGGGCCUCGCGGGUCGUCGGCGGCGAGCUUGGAGGGGUUCCUCAGAUGCGCUGAGAUGUCUUGAUAUUGUUUAGACUUAAACAUCUCUAGCGCCUUAAAUUUUAACACUCCCCCUAAUCCUUCCUUUUCCUUGUGCUUGGUCAUCUAUAGAAUCAUCUUUGGAAUCAUCUCCUCUAAAAACCCCGUGGGAAAAAUAUGAGGAGAGUAGUGUGUAUGAUAUAUUGCUAAAACU